GCAGGUGUACCCCUGUAUCUGCAACAACAGCCAGGCAGACACAUUCCUACUGGCUCACUGUGGGUCCCAUCCGGCCCCCGUCUAGUCGCCCGUUUCUCCCACGCAUGUUUAAUACCCUCGCUGUAUUACCCUCUACCACUUCUGCUCGGAGGUAAUUCCACUUAUCUACCACCCUAUCAGUAAAGUAAAACUCCUUCACGUUCAUCUAAACCAAUACAGCACGGCCGUGUGAGAUAAGGGGCAUUAUCUCCGUUUGCAUAAACACUCCCCCUGUGGUAAACCUGUGGUCUCCAGACUGGGCGGAAUUUAUACUUUCCGUUUCCCAAAAAAAUAUUUACUAGAGAAGUGAGAGUCGGGGAAACGGCGCGUCGUGUUUUUGGGUUCGUUUGACGAAGAUUCCCGAGUAACUUUCCUGCAGAGUCUCGCAGUCGCUUCCGGGUAGCGUCUACCUGAAGUAUCGUCUCUAAGUCGGUACCAUAUAUCACGUGGCGAAGGAUUCAGCUUUCGGGUGGUCUGACCGUCUGCGGAAGCCGAACAGCCGAAUUACCGAUAUGGAGACCUUACGAGGCUUAGUUUCCCAUAAGAAUAAAAACACAACCGAGAAAGACCAAUGGGAGGAGGUGCAGACGGCCUGGUAUAAGUUAUGUUUUUCAGAGUCAGAACCUUGGAGGGUUGAAAAUUUCUUAGAAAAGAAUCCAUGGUCCGACUGGUGUGAGGCUUUGGAUAAAUGGAUGCGUUCUGGAAAGAAGCCACCUAAAUCAGAAAAGCAGCUUUCCAGGCUCUGGUCAGCACUAUCGUACGUGGCAGCCGUGACCUCCACAGCUUUAAAAGAAGCAAAGAAAACCUCAGAAGAAUUGGGUACAACCAAAACGGAGUUGAUGGCGUAUAAGAUCCAGGUCUACAAGGAACAAAACAAGGUAAAAACUUUGGAGGAGCAGAUACUCAACUUGACCCGUCAGGUUUCCUGGUCAGAAGAAAACCUAAAAGAAAUGUCAGAGAACAUAGUGGAUUUCCAAAGUCAACUGCGAGAGAAAGAACAGGCAUUCCGGGUGGCAUCCAACGACCUGCACGGUAAGGUUCUAGAUCUGGAAAAUCAGCUGCGGAAGAAAGAACAGGCAUUCAACGACCUGCAGGGUAAGGUUCUAGAUCGGGAAAAUCAGCUGCGGAAGAAAGAACAGGCAUUCCGGGUGGCAUUCAACGACCUGCACGGUAAGGUUCUAGAUCUGGAAAAUCAGCUGAAGGAACAAAAGAAACGCGUCAGGCUAUACAAAGACGAAAGAGAAGUCCUGGAGAGAAAAGUGGCCGAAAUGAAGAGCAACUACGAUGAGGACAACAAAACGGUGGUCCUCUUCCGCGAUGCUUCAUUCAAGCAGGAAGGUCCGAGUAGAAAGUGUUGGCUACCUUUGCCUGAGAUUGACCAAGAAAUCAGUUUAACUGUGUGCGAGGUCAUGGAGGUGGCCGACAGAAUGGGCCCCGUUAUGGCCGGGAAUGUUAUCGAGUGGCUGUACAGGUGCUACUUGGAAAAGAAAGUGGAAGGUUGGACCAACAGAGAUGUAACGAGAGUGUUGCGUAAGUGCUUGGCUGUUAACUUGUUCUCUGUGCUGCCCGAGGAGGUGCAGACGGGAAGGGCUCAGUGGCUGGUCAUCUGCCAGCACGUUGUGAAUGUCUUCAAUCCAACGGAAAGCGUGGAUGAGAUGCUCAGAUACGAGAAAAAAAGAAUAACGGAGCCGGUCGGCCAGUAUUUUGAUCGCAUGUGGAUGAUGUAUCUCAUCGUAAAGCAAAGUGAGAACGUCUCCAGAGAUGACCGUGAGUACAGACAAUUGAUCUGGAGAGGCUUGGACUCUCGUCUGAUGAUCUUCGCACCAGACUAUCGCUUAUCCAACUACGCAGAGUUUGAAAAAAGGUUGCGCCCCUACGAUAAUUCAAUGGAGGAAGAGGAGGCGGAUUGGCGUAUUAAGGCGAGGAAGGCAGGGGUGGGAUGUCCGCCCCGCUGGAGUAUCUGGAGAAGGUUGGAGGCUUAUGAGGACCCCCGUCAGACAGUCAAUAACGCCCCUUAUUGGAAACUGGUGGUUCGCCUAAGUAAAUUUGAAGAUCUUGAAACAAAGAUGCCCCUUAAACCAACUACAACCGCUGAUGCCCCCUGCAAUCAUUUAAAAGGGGAACCCGUAAAGGAUCUCUCUACCACUGGUAUGCUGGGGCAAAUUUAACCCCUCUGGAUAUGGUCCGGCCACCAAUCCCACCACCCUUUAGCAAGCUGGAGAAGUCUUGUAGAUUAAUGUGUCCUCUAGAAGCGUGCCUUUGGUUUUCCCUCCUUUCGCUCUCGGCUUGUGUUCGCUGGAAUAGAAGACUCCGAUUGAACGUACAUUGCCUGUACACACAGCCCGAUCCCAGUUGUGGUUAGAAGACACAUCUGAAGGUACCGGCGACCCGACUGGGGCAACUUUAUGAGCCGUGAGAUAUUCGUGUGGGAUGAUGUUGUGGGUCUUCUGAUCUUCUGUAUCUUUACAAUCAUUAUUACUUUGUGUUUCGCACAUUCCUAAUAAAUCUACAGCCUCGUA